AUCAUUCUCAGUCUUCUUCCCACAAUUAACACCAACAUGAGAGUGAUUCUGGUAGCAUCCCUGGUACUAGCAGUCGCCUGCUACGGCCAAUGCGGUGAGGCUACUAAAAAUAAGAACGAGAAGCGUGGGAUCUUCGAAAGCGACAUUGGUAGUGCCCAUGGUGGAUUUGGAGGCGGCAGCAUCUCCAUUGGAGGACACGACGGAGGUUUAGACGGUGGUUCUAUCGGCAUCGGUGGUGGACAUGGAGGCUUUGGAGGAGGCAGUGGAGGCAGUUUCGGUGGCGGAAUAGGAGGAGGUUUCGGUGGCGGAGCUGGAGGUGGUUUCGGCGGCGGAGCUGGAGGCGGUUUCGGUGGCGGAGCCGGAGGUGGUGGCGGCGGCGCCACUGUUACUACCAUCAACCAAGCCGUUCCAUAUCCAGUUCCACAACCAUACCCUGUUACCGUUACCAGAAGAGUUCCUGUUCCUGUUGCUCAACCUGUAGCAGUACCUGUACCAAGACCAGUACCUGUAUCAGUACCAGUAGCUCAACCAGUACCAGUACCCAGGCCAUACCCAGUAAUCGAAAGACGUCCAGUACCAGUCGCUAUCCCCACUCCAGUACGCGUACCAGUUGCUCAACCUGUUGGUGUUCCUGUUCCACAACCUUAUCCAGUAACCGUUCCCCAACCAAUCCCCGUUAGGGUACCUCAGACCAUCGUAGUACCUGUUGCUCAACCUGUAUUUGUUGGUGGAGGUGGAGGAGGAGGAGCAGGUGGUAUCGGAGGAGGCUUCGGCGGUGGUAUUGGAGGUGGCAUUGGAGGAGGUAUCGGAGGAGGUAUUGGAGGCGGUUAUGGAGGAGGUUAUGGAGGAGGUUAUGGAGGAGGUUAUGGAGGCGGUCAAGGAGGCGGUUACUCCAGCUCUAUCUCUAUUGGUCAUGGUAGCUCUCUAGGAGGAGGCUCCUUCGGUGGUCAUGGAAGCUCUUUCGGAGGAGGCUCUUUCGGCGGUCAUGGAAGCUCUUUCGGAGGAGGCUCUUUCGGUGGUCAUGGAAGUUCCCUCUCUCUUGGAGGAGGAUAUGGAGGUGGUCAUGGUGGAGCCACCAGCUACUCCUCUGUGUCCAUUGGAGGUGGUGACAAAUAUUAAGAAACCAGAACAAUUAGUCACAAUUAAUAAUUGAAAAUUCUAUCAAUGUGAUAUCAGUUUGUACAUAGUUACAAUUUGGCAAUAAACUUCUAUUUUACUAA